AGAAGCUAGAGCAAAACAUAACCUUAAUGUUUUAAAAAUGUUUAGAAAAGCGAUUUAUUCUGGAAAUUUUGCAAAAACACUAAUAAACAAUAGUUUUUCGAAUGUUGCAGUAAUUACCAAUAAAGAAGUAAUCCCAACAAACUCGAAUGUAGACAAAUCAAAGGAAAUUAACAGUGAUUUGGAAUUAAAAGAGAAGUUAGAGUUUGAAAUUCACAUAGAGGAUUUAAAUGAGAUAGAUACGUAUUUAAAACCCACUUUUAAUUUUGCCUCGUAUAUAAAUAAAUCACCGAUACUGCAAGAAUUCUUUAAACUAGGCGUCGAUUUGUAUAAAUUUGAGAAAAAUCAGGAUGUGGCAAAGUUUAUUUUAUCAUUAAAUUAUGAGAAUGAUGUGCACAAGUUUGUGGAGUUUUUUAAUGAUUUAAAUAUUAGUCAUGAAAGUUUGGGUAAAAUAAUAACAAAAAACCCCUACAUACUAAAAGAAAAUAUUGAAGAUUUAGUUGUAAGAAUAAACUAUUUAAAGUGCAAAAAAUUUACUCCAGAAAUGAUUACAAGGAUUGUUGAAAGCAAUCCUUUUUGGUUAUCUUACACCACACAACAAAUUGAUCAAAUGUUGGGUUUCUUUCAAAAACACUUUACACUAAAAGGAGAUGAAGUUAGAAGUUUAACUGUAACAUGUCCUAAAUUAAUAACAUUUAAAGAAAGAACAGUUAAAGUUAAUACCUUUGCUAUCCAUGAAGAAAUGGGAUUUUCAACGGAAGAGGUAAAGGGGAUGUUACUGAAAAAACCCAAACUAUUUAUGAGAGAUCAAAGAAAUGUUUUAAAAACAUUUGAAUACCUUCACAAUGAAAUGAAUAUUUCUUUAGACCAAAUAGUAGAUGAACCAGGAGUUUUAACAUGUAGAUGUAAUCGUUUGAGAGAAAGACACAAAUUUUUGAAAAAAUUAGAAAGAGAUCAAUUUGACCCUAAAAAACCAAUGUAUGUAUCUUUAACAACACUAGUUUCAUCACCAGAUGCAGAUUUUGCUACUGAAGUAGCCAAAUCAUCUGUACAAAUUUAUAAUGAGUUUUUAAAAUCGAUUUAAG